GAGGUGCCUGUCAUGAAACCCCUUUCUCUAGCAUGCUGUUCUUUUUCUUGUUCUACUGAAGGAUCUUCAGAUAACCUGUUUCUGUGUGAGAAUCUUAUCACUCAUUCUUUCUCUUAACAAUUCAUCCUUAUGGUCCUUGAUAGCAGUCAUAGUACCCAUGGCUGAAAAGAACUGUAUGGAUUCUAAGUGAUGAGCUAUGCGGCAAGUGUUUCAUCUUCCUCUGGAAGAUGAGUAACUCACUCCCAGUAGUGAGCUGAGUAAACUGUACCCUUACCUAGUUCCUCAAGUAUCAGUGAAAAUCACCUUUUCUUUAACUCUUUAUAUCUUUUUUUUUUUUAAUAUGGUUUAAGUACCAGACACACAAUACUUUUUCACUGAAACUCCUGUGUAUACAUCAGGACACUAAUUCAGUAACACAGGUCUCUCUCUACCCAGGCAGUCUUUUAUCCAUUUUCUGCUAUGACUUCAGACUGAGAGGACAUGAAUUAACUGGCAGCAUCUGCGAGGUGGAGAUACUUAAAACCUCUUCUGCUCGCCUCUCUUACCAGGGCUGAGUAAGGAUCACCUCCCUCAGCCUGCCUGGCAAUGCUCUUCCUAACAUGUGCCGAAUACUGCUGGCCUGUUUUGCUGUGCAUUGUUGGCUCUUGGUCAGCUUGGUGUACACCAGGAAGGGCCCCAAGGACCUUCUCAGUAAAGCAGGUUUCCAGCCACUCAGCCCUCAGUGUGCGUGGGUGCCUGGAUUGUUCCUCCACAGGGGCAGGACUUUACAUGUGUCGGAACUUCAUGACAUUCUUGGCUGCCCACUUCACCUGUUUAGGUCCCUCUGGACAGCACACCAUAUGGUGUAUCAACCACUCCUCCCAGCUUUGUGUCAUCUGCAUGCUUCCUGAGGGUGAACUCUGAGCCAUUGUCCAGGUCAUCAGUGAAAAGGUUAAACAGUAUUGCCCCCAUAUCCAUGGCUGUGGUAUUCCACUACUGUCUGGCCUCCAGCUGGACUUCAGGCCACUGACCACACAGUGAACCCCGAGCCUGCUUAUUUAACCAUACUUUGUCAGCGUUAUCUAUGAGGAUUUAAUGGAAAAUUCUGGCAAACACCUUGCUUAUGUUGAGGUAAACAACAUCCUAACCUCUCUCCUUGCUCAGUGAGUUAGUUGCCUCAUUUUGGAUGGCUAUCAGGUUGGUUAAGCAUAAUUUCUUCUUCAUAAAUCUGUGCUCUCUACUCAUGAUCACCUUCCCAUCCUUAAUGUGUCUGGAAAUCGUAUACAGCCUUAGUUGCUCCACAGCUUUCUCAGGGAUUGAGAUGAGGCUGACCAGUCUGUCAUUCCCUGGAUCACUCUUCUUGCUCUCCUGAAGGUAGGAGUGACAUACUCUGUCUUUCAGUAUUCAGAAGCCUCUCUCUUACCACCAUAAAAAAAAAAAGGUACUCAGGAAUGACCUUGCAAUGCCAUAAGUCAGCUACCUCUGUACACAUGUGGGUGCAUUUCAACAAGUUCCAUGGAGUUAUGUUUUCCAGUUUGUUAAAAGUUCCCUAACCUAGUCCCCCUUCAGUAAGAUGCCACUGAGGCAUUAGGAUACCAUGUUUGACAAUUAUUGUCACUCCACAUCCCACUUCAAUGGCACACCGUACGUCAAGAAGCAUUUCAGUUUCAAAGCCUUCAGUCAAAGGGUGUGUUGCUGCCAUGUUGUUUAUCCUUUGCUUGAGGACAAGCACAGGAAUGACUGCUGUGUUCCCAGUUCAUGAUGGCAUGACAGUGCACCAACCUUGUUCCCAUAUAUUAAGGGAUGUCAUCAUAUCUCCAGGCAAACUCUUAUUUUUGCUGCAAGCAAAGGUUAAUCCUCUUGUUGGUCUUCCUGCUUCAUCUUGCCUUCACUACUUUUAACGGUGAUUAAAAAAUCUUGUCUGUCUUUCAAAAUAAGUUUGUUUUUUUAAAUUUCUCUUAGUGAGCUUAGAAGUCAACAAUGCAGUAUUCCUUUGAGCAAUUCUGGACAGGUGGAACACUGAGAGUUCUUUCCUCCUGACAACUUUAGUUAAUGGCUCUUAGUGUUAGUAUGUGCUGUUUCAUAAUUGUAGAGACAUGUUUCCAAGGUGAAGUGGUUGUAAGUUCUUUCAGUACGCUUCCAGUUUCCUGCUGCUGGUAUAAAACAAGACUACGAGGCAUAAUGCAGGCCUUAAGACGAGGUGCUAGCCAUUAGAAUGUAUUAGUUUGAGGAGAAAGAGAUUAAAAGAUUACUUUGUAACUGUUCUUAAGGACCUGCUUUGAGUGAACUCCUUGGAAACAUAGCUCAUGGUGUUAAAUCAUCUGGGUGUGGUGGAUGUAGCAAUCAGAGUGAAAACCCUUCAGAUUCUGAAAGUGGUCGUAAAAUUGGAGCUCGCUUGAACAGCUACACAGUGCGAAUAGCAGCUGAACACCAAAUCAUACAUGUCUUGUAUGUGCAGAGCAAGGCCUUGAAAUGCAGGUCAAUCACUCAGAAGGGAACUGGAUUAGUCCCAAACAAAAUAGUUGUCAUCUUUUUGAGUAAAGAGGAAGCCUUUAAGCAUUCACAGCUACAGAAAUGAUCUGAAUUCAAAUCCCAGCUUUGAUUAAUCAUUUGUUGGGAUUGACAAAAUCUUGGACCAGAGGAAGAAAUGUUCUUGCCGUGACUUGAGCCCAACACUUACAGGUUCUCCUUUCAGGAAGGAGGACUGACUGGACAAUAUGCCAAAUGUGUGAAAUGGGAGGAAAUGUUCCACAUUAAAUAAAAAAAGAGAGAGAAAAAAAGAGCCAGAAACGUUAAAUUAUCCACUCUUGUUUCCUCUUGUAGAGUGAAUUCCUUGAAAGCUACAUUCAUUUAAAGAGACUGAGCUUGAUUCACUGAGCACUGGUAUCUUUGUAUCAGCCCCAAGAUUUCUGCUGUGCAGCAAGGAUGAAUAAGGUGCAAGACCUGUCUCCAACAUAAAACUCAAGUUUGCCCACAAAUACUUGUGAUGUAAGGGGGACUCAGCACCUCUUAAAAUUAGGAAGAAAAAUAAAAUAGUGACUAUAGUAGAAAUUAUCAGUUGCAUCAGUGACUUUAACAAUUAUGCAUGAGAGACAAAAUUCUAAAUAAAGCCUUCAGAUUUCCAAGAUUUCUGCAAGACUUCAGUCCCAAAUUUGGAAGAAGAGGCAGGUGGACAGGAAAUUUAUCAUAAGUUGUGCUUGUUUAAAAUCACCAUUAAAAAGCACCAUUAAAUCAUACUAACAUGUGAUAAUAAGUCAGUGGAAGAUAGUAGGUCCUGCAAACAGGAUAUUAAGAAUGAAUUUUUGUAACCCUAAUGGCUGAGAACACUACCCCUGAGAUCUAGUCAGCAUGACCCAUUUCCUGGUCCUUGGAAACAGUAGUCAGAUCUUCAAAGAUCAUAUGCAUUACAAGGCUUAUGAAAUUAAUCUUUAUUUCUCCAGAUGGCAAAAACAUUAAAUUUGCCUUGUUCAUGCCCUACUAUUAUUGCUGUGCAUCAUUUGGGGAGAUUUAAUAUCAAUAUCUUAAAGAUAUUUGGAUAUGCAAUUGUUGCCAUUAAACAUAAACACACAGACUCAUUUGUCCUUCAAAAUUUAUUGUAAAAAAUUACAAUGAAAGUAGUACAACAGAGAAGCAUUUUUUUUGUCCUUCUGCUGACAAUGGGCAGGCUAGUCUAAAAUAUACGUGAAGCAUUUUUCAAAAGAAUACAAGUGACUUGCAAAGCAGAAGUUUUCAGAGCAUAGAUGUUAGACAAAUGGCCUAAUGUUCUUCACAAUGACUUUACUCAUACAGAAACUCUAAAGUACUCUUGUGUUUUUUCAUCAGCUGAGCUUUCCCUUUGAAAGAAACCUGAGAUCCCUGUCAGGUCCUGUGUUUAAUUCCAUUCAGUAAAUUCCCUUUCAUUUCAGUAUCAAGGAAGACAGGAAAGCAACAGCUCCCUUUGGCUAAGGCUGUUCUGUAGACUGCUUGGUACUCAGCCAUUUUCCAGGCUAUGUUCUCCAAGAGGAACUCUUUUUUAGAAAAGAAAACAAAAAUGCUGAGCAAAAAAAGUGGAUCAUAUGUUUGCAACCCUGAAUUGCCUUCUGAGUAUGUAUAUCCAGGGGAAGCAGUGCAGCAAAAAACUGUUACCUUUUCUACCUCACCUUAAGAUUUCUCAGAACUACCCAUUUCGAUAGCACCAUUCCUCCAUACUGUCCUAUCCACGUUUGCAUGACAUGUACCCCAGAAACCUUUACCUCCCUCAAUUUACCACUGCCACUGAAGUGGUAGGGGCAGUGCUCAUCCUGAGUUCUUAGACCAGCAGCUGCGCAUGUCCUCUCCCUGGCCACCUGUCUGCUACCUCUCACUUCCAUGUGGUCCCAGAUAGAUGGCUUAGGGGCUACAGCUGGCCACAAUGGCAUAGGCCAUGUUGCAGAGGAGAACAGGAUCUGUUUGAGAAAAGAAGCUUAAACCCCAUCAUUUGUGAGCCUUUGUUUCACAUUAGCUGACUGUGGUGAGUAAUAAUUCCUAAAGUUCCUUUACUGCCUCCUAAUAAGACGUAUCAACAUCAUGUCAAGGCCAAAGUAAUGGCUUGGUUCCAAAAAAUAUAAUGUGACCAGACACUGCAAGAGGAUAUGUGAUUUCUGCUAACACAUCUACCUGACUAAAGAAGUGCAGUGGCAUUGUCUCUUUUUCCUCUUCACAUAUUUCCAUGUGGUGCAGCAUGUAUGAAUGGGUUGUCCUUGAGACAAGUGUGCUGCUUAUCUAAAGAGGAAAGCCUGGUGUCAGGAGUUCAGGGCACUUGACGUAUCAUAAAAUUAGCCUUCAGCAAAGACAGUUAUGAAAAGCCAUGUUUAAUGCUAGGGUUAUAUUUACAUGUUGGAAGACAAUUUGUUUCCCUGCUGCAAGUAAUUUAAACUUAUGCAUGCCACUAUGUUGGGGGUUAAGAUGUGAAUAUGUUUGAAUCAGCAGUUAACCACCAACAAAACUGAUGUUUCUGAGGGGAACUCUUUCGAAAUUGCCUUUUGGAUUCUUUCCAAGUAUCUUUAGAAAAGACAAGAGUGUGGUUUAUGGGGUCAAAAUACAGCUACAUACCUACCUGAAGAUGUGGCAAGGAUGCUCAUUGAACACCCUGAUAGUCAACAGCCCCAUAUGCAAUAAAAGUUAGAGUAACUCUGUACCAUAUUUUACUCCUUGUCCCAUCCUUACUUUUAGCCCAGUUUAUUUGACUGGCCAUCAGGUUUUGCCAAAGGCUAUUCGGAAUUCUUCAUGUCAUUAAUAGUGAAUGCAGGCUGAGACUCAGUAUCCCCAUUAGCUAAGGACUAUCUGUUUGUUGGUGGGGACAGGCAAUUCUACUGCACUUUUGUGUCGCUCACUAAUCAGAAGGUGAUCAGAUAAUACAGUUUUUACUUCAAGGGACACAAAAUUAAUAUGACCUACCUUAAAAAAUACUUACCUUCUCGGCACACGAAAUAUAAGGACGAAAAUAUGAAAGGUAGACCUAGCAGACACUUAAUGUUGAGUGAGAAUAAGAUAGAAUAUUGAAAUCCUUUAAAUUCUGCAGUAGAAAAAGCUUAUCAUGUGAUUAAUUUGGACUUUAGUGGGAGCACUAAUUAAGUGGUGGCACUUAAAAGCUUUCCAAAUAGAAACAGACCUACGUUUAACACAUACUACAUAUAAAGGAGUACUUUAGUGUUUGCUGAAUUGUAGAUGCUAUUCUUCAUUUCUUCAAAAAUUAAAUUUUGUAAUGAAACAGAAAUGAACUACACAAUCCUGCUGAUGCUGGUACCCUAAACAAAUUCUGGCUUGGGUUGGUAUGUAUCUCCUCUCUUCUGGCUUCAGCAGGCCUUUGCAACCUUGUAUUUGUGGAAUGUUUCAUGUGCAGGCUGUCCACUCUGAGAUAAAUAACUACCUUGUCAUCAUGGCAGCUGAAAUGAUCAGUAGGCACAAGUUGGUUCUUCAAAAAAGAAUGAACAGCUCACCUGGCCCAUUAUUCAUACUGCAAAAUCAGUAGCAGAAGCAUUACUUUCUAUUUAGGUGUAUUUCAAAUGGAGACAUGAUGCAUUUCUCUUUAGUGACCUCUUUACAGCAGGAAAGUGAGAUUUAAGUGGAAACUUUAAAAAACCCCUCUAAGAUUAGAACAGCAAUCUGGAGAACCACAGCCUUGACCGCAGUUGUUUAAGCCUGUCCCCUCUCCUUCCUUCCUGCUCCCCAUCCCUCAACAAAUCAAAAAUAAUCGAGGAUUGGCCAACUUAUAAACAGGUUAAAUGAAUAACAAAACAGUUAUCCACUAGAUGGGAAAUAUGACAAUAUUUAGUAUCUGCUAAUAUAGUAAGUGUUCUGAUAUUGGAGGGAUCUCUACUUGCAGACUUAUAAAAGCUAAGGUGCAAUUGGAGAGGGGUGAUCACUACUGCUUCACAUCUAAGAGUAAAAGAAGAGUAGAUGUUCUCCAAAAUCUAAAAUGGACAAAAUAUAUGUGUUUAUUUUAGUCUGAAACCAAACCACGUAAAUAUCUUAUAUUCUGCCUCCUUUAAGCAUCAAAAAGGAAUUUUAGUAGUGUUUGUACAUCAUACUGUGUUUUUGCACCCACAGGGUAUUUUCAGUAUAAAUUUCUACUUGGUUUGGCUUUUGGUUAUAUGGAGGGAAAGGUGGGACACACGUAAGGAACUCUGGGCUGCUGCCUUCCCAUUUGCUGUGGUUGUAACCCUUCUCUCCACGUGGCAAUAGAUCUUGGGUGUGAAGGACUUCCUCUGUGAAAUCUACACUACAAUCAAAGGCUAAAAGGAGAUUAAAUCAAAGUAGGAUAAACCCAUACCCCAUUUCCAAAAUUGUGCUGAAAAUUCCUUUUUCUGUAUUUCCAUAAAAGUAAUUCUGGCUGUUGGCAUCUUGGCAGAACUACAGAACUUUCAAAUGCUAUAUUGCCAUGGAUCAUGUUUUGUCAAGUGCUCUUUAAUUUCAAUUCUAUUUAUAUAUACGAGUGCUGUCUUUAAAUUUAUUUCAUUCAUUUUUUUUCUGCUUUUCUUUGUAUUUUUUCUUUGUGUUUUGUUUUAGCUUCCGAGUUUUAAGACCUCCCUGAGUGAUGCAGGCGUUUUAAUCCCACUGAAGUCAUAAUAACUCUGUAUGAGAUUUAUUAUUGCAACAAGUUUUCAGUCUGUUUCCAAUUGUCAAAUGUAAAGAAAAAUAGUUAACAGUAAAACACAUGAACUAAGGGAAUAGUUUGCUGGAUUGUGGAAGGCUUUGGUCUAUACUGGAUUCAGCUGGCUGCUUUGUUACUGUUUACUUCUUAUUUUCAUUAUUGUGUGCAGAAAUGCAUUGCAGCCAGCAGUUUAUGUGUGGAUUAAAUAAAUAAGGGAAUACACUAUAGCACCCUGAGAACUUAGCAGACCUGGACUUUAAGAAUGAGAUAAUAGCACUUUCCACCUACUCUACCUAGGUGGAGGAUGUUUUACUUCCACUCUCACACCUACUGGAGGAUGCCAUCAUUGUUCUUAUUCUGCUGACUGUGAACAACAGCAGUCCCCUGCUUCUCCAGCAGCUCCAGAUAAUUGUUUUGAUGUAUUGCUGGAUGGAUGGGAUUUGCACUCCCCUGCAGUCCUGCUGAUACAAAAAUGCCUUUAAGAUCCUGCCUUUCCCAUCCUAAUCUACAAAGGAAACAGGAAAAAGGAACUUAAACUCCCUGUACUCAGACAGCAAUGAGACUGUUCCAGCCUGCGCCAGUGCUCUGAUUUCUUGCCUGUGACUUGUAAACAGCGUACCAUGCAGGACAAGAGUAACUGCUAAAGGUCUGCCCCGAGGAAAGGAUACUCCAUGAACAGCUGUAAGAACUGGAUGGAUAUACUUUGGAAAGCAUGGACCCUCUAGCACACCUAGUUCUCUAUGGAUUCAGCCUGUUGAUUUCAGGUAAAGUAGAAGCAGCACUGGACCUCAUACUGAUCAAUUCCUUCCCUCUGGUGGGCAACUCCGAGACAUCACUUAUAUGUAUCACUUCCAAAUGGCGUUCCCGUGAGUCUAUCACGAUAGGCCGGGACCAGGAGGAUGUGGCAAACCAGCACCGAGAACCACUGGAAGUUAAUGAAGAUUCCAAGAGAGCAGCAGCCAAAACAGUGGUGUGGAAGAGAGAACAGGCCAGUGAAACUAUCGGCGCAUACUACUGUGAAGGGAAACUCAAGGAUGAGGUGACAAGGAUACACACCAUGAAGAUGCCACUGGGAGCUUCGUUCCACCCAGUGGCACUAACUGUUACAGCAAAUAAGGGAGAGCAUGUGAACAUUUCCUUCAUCAGAAUGGCAUCAAAAGAGGAAGAUGCAGUGAUCUACAAGAAUGGUUCCUUCAUCCACUCUGUGCCCAGGCAUGAAGUGCCAGGAGAACUGGAAGUUUCCUAUCCUCAAGUUCAACCACAGGAUGCAGGGGUUUACUCUGCCAGAUAUAUAGGAGGAAACCUUUUUACUUCUGCUUACACAAGGCUUAUUGUUAGACGAUGUGAAGCUGAGAAAUGGGGCCCUUCCUGUAGCUUCCACUGCCCUUCCUGCACGAACAAUGGCAUUUGUCAUGAAGAUACUGGAGAAUGCAUCUGUCCUCCAGGUUUUAUGGGAAAAACAUGUGAGAAAGCUUGUGGAGCCAACACAUUUGGCAAAACAUGUGAAGAGACCUGUAAAGAAAAUUAUGGCUGCAGAAACUAUAUGUUCUGUCUACCAGAUCCAUAUGGUUGUUCUUGUGCUACAGGAUGGAUGGGACUGGAAUGUGAUAAAGAAUGCAAACCUGGGUUUUAUGGGUCAGAUUGCAAACUCAAAUGUAAUUGUCACAAUCGAGGAACAUGUGACAGAUUUAAGGGCUGCAUCUGCUCCUUUGGAUGGCAUGGUCUGCAAUGUGAAAAAAAAGGUUCAGCAGAUUUUUCGCCUCAGAUAGUAAAUUUACUAGAUCCUGUGGAACUCAAUUCUGGCGUCGAGUUCAAGCCAUUUUGUAUAGCAACUGGGAUGCCACUUCCUAAAUCUGAAGAAUUCAAACUCUUGAAACAAGAUGGAACUGUCCUAAGGCCUGAUGAAAUUUCUACCAGUAAUCGUUCUGAAGCCAUGUUUAGAAUUAAUCGAAUCCUGCCCGGUGAUACAGGAACUUGGGUUUGCAGUGUACAGACAGUAGCAGGAAUGGCAGAGAAACCAUUUCAAGUUACAGUCAAAGUUCCUCCUGUGCCACAGUUUGCCCCGAGGCUGACAGACAGAGGACAUAAUUUUCUCAUAAUUGAUAUCAAUGCUGAAUUACACAAUGGAGAUGGACCUGUUGUGUCUACAAAACUUCUGUACAAGCCAGCAAAACGUUAUCAGUCCUGGAUGUCUGUGGAAGUAAAAGACACAACUAAAAGACUGGACAAUCUGGAACCCAAAACGGAGUAUCAGUUCUGUGUUCAGCUGAGUCGGCAAGGGGAAGGUGGAGAAGGCCAUCCUGGACCACAGGCCAGCUUCACAACAGCUGCGCUUGGUCUUCCUCCACCAGAAGGUAUCACUCUCUUUCCAAAAAGUAUGACAUCAUUGAAUUUGUCAUGGCAUCCUUUAACACUGAGGACAGAGGAUGAUAUUCGUGUUGAAGUGGAAAGGAAGAGCGUGAAUGACAACGGUGACGAGAGCAGUGUUAUUACUCAAGUGCCAGGAAAUAUGUCCACCUUGAUCAUUAAAGAUCUUGAGCCUAGACAGCAGUACAUGUGCAGGGUACGGGUGAACACCAGGUCCCAAGGAGAAUGGAGCAACUAUCUGUAUGCAUGGACUUUCAGUGACAGAAUCCCUCCUGCACCAAACAACAUCAGGUUUUCUAAUACCACAGACACAUCCUCAGUCAUCUCUUGGACAGCUGCUGAGGGUCAUUCCAUCUCCUCCAUCAUCAUCAGCUACAAAAUUUAUGGCAAGGCUGAGUACAACCACAUCGAUAUUAUCAUAAAGAACACCAGCAUUACUCAAUAUCACCUCAAGGGCCUUGAGCCAGAUACUGUGUACCAGGUUCAGAUUAAUGCUCAGAACAACAUUGGCUUGAGCAACCCGAACACAUCAUUUGAACUGAAGACUCUUCCAGAAACUAAAGCUCCAUAUGAAUCAAAAGGAGGCAAAAUGCUGCUUAUUGCUAUCCUUGGCUCUGCAGGGAUGACCUGUGUAACAAUUCUCCUGGCCUUUCUCAUCAUGCUGCAGUUAAAGCGAGCCAACUUCCAGCGUCGAAUGGCUCAGGCUUUCCAAAAUGUGGUGAGGGAAGAGCCAGCUCUGCAGUUUAAUUCCGGUACUCUCACUCUGAGCAGGAAAGCAAAAACCAGUCCAGAUCCUACUAUUUAUCCAGUUCUUGAGUGGAAUGACAUAAAAUUUCAAGAUGUGAUUGGGGAAGGUAACUUUGGGCAAGUCCUGAAAGCACGCAUUAAGAAAGAUGGCUUACGCAUGGAUGCUGCAAUAAAAAGGAUGAAAGAGUAUGCCUCAAAAGAUGAUCACAGAGAUUUUGCCGGAGAACUUGAAGUUCUUUGUAAACUUGGUCAUCAUCCCAACAUCAUAAAUCUUUUGGGAGCAUGUGAACAUAGGGGAUAUCUUUACCUUGCUAUUGAAUAUGCCCCCCAUGGAAAUUUACUGGACUUCCUUCGGAAAAGCAGAGUACUAGAGACAGACCCGGCAUUUGCUAUUGCCAACAGUACCGCAUCUACACUUUCCUCACAGCAGCUUCUGCAUUUUGCAGCAGAUGUUGCCAGAGGGAUGGACUACUUGAGCCAAAAACAGUUUAUUCAUCGAGAUUUGGCAGCAAGAAACAUCUUGGUUGGAGAAAAUUAUGUUGCAAAAAUAGCUGACUUUGGCUUGUCAAGAGGUCAAGAAGUUUAUGUUAAGAAGACCAUGGGACGGCUUCCAGUGCGAUGGAUGGCAAUUGAAUCUUUAAAUUACAGUGUUUACACCACAAAUAGUGAUGUAUGGUCAUAUGGUGUCCUCUUAUGGGAAAUUGUUAGUUUAGGUGGAACACCAUAUUGCGGAAUGACAUGUGCAGAACUAUAUGAAAAACUCCCUCAAGGCUACCGACUGGAAAAGCCUCUCAACUGUGAUGAUGAAGUGUAUGACCUGAUGAGACAGUGCUGGAAAGAGAAACCAUAUGAAAGACCAUCAUUUGCUCAGAUACUGGUGUCACUGAACAGGAUGUUAGAAGACAGGAAGACCUAUGUGAAUACUACCCUAUACGAGAAAUUUACUUAUGCAGGCAUUGAUUGCUCCGCUGAAGAAGCUGCUUAAGACGGGACAAAUCUUCAUUCAUCAGUGAUGUAUUACAGAAACCCAAAAUUCAAUCUCCUGGAGCCCAAAAUGUGAUGUGCUGUGUAGAACUGUGUCUAGUUCUAACUAUAUAUAAUACAGCAAUACUGUUUUACCACAGUUAUGUGUGUGAAUAUCACACAGUAACCUCUGCCUUCACAGGCUGUAGAAGUGUAUAUACUGUCCAAAGCAGGUAUAGACUGAAGUAAUGAAAUCUGUUGUUUCAUAUGCAGGGUUUUCUUUUUUCCUAGUCAUGUAGAUAUAAUGUCUACAUACAUAUUGUAAUGCAUUAGGUAUUGCCAUCUUAGAUUUUUUUUAUAUUUUCCAAGAGCUACUCAUAGAAAAGUGGUAACUUAUUGUAGUAUUCCAUGUACAUUUCAUUGUGUCUGAAACAAAAAUGCUAGGCAGUUGCAACAAUGGAAGUUGUAAUCCAGUGUGCUCAACUAGGAUAAUUAAGACAGACUCCUAUUUGAAUGCAAAAGUCAGCUAGUAGAAAUAAUCUAGUCAAAAGUUUUGUUGACACUUGUAAGAUAUAAGGCAUGCUAUUGCUCUUUCGUUGCCUGGUAUGAUGGUCAGUUUUUGCCCAUAUGCAAAAUAUACAUAUAUUUGGAAGUGUUUAAUGCUAUCAGAGGCAGCCAUACAGCAAUUAUCAUGAAGUGUAGGUUUGAGGAGCAUACUAUGCAUUGUAAACCACAUUUUUACAACCCGCCUGGAUAUACAUGAGACUUAUUCAAUUUGUAUUUAAUUUAAUAAUUUCACUGCAUAAUUAUAAAUUACUACCUAUUAUAUACAAGCAGGGCUUACUUACUUUUGUUCACUUCACCCUCUCAUUCAGCCUGUAGUGUGGUAUGACCUCUUAAAAAUAUCAUAGUCAAAUGCUUCAAAACAGCGAUAUUUUGACCUGCCAGAAAGGUCCCUAGUCCUCAGGUAAGAUGUACAGAGGCAGGAUUGGCUUGAACUUCUGGUGUCAAGCUGGGUACAAGGGAUUUGGUGAAUUUACCCUAUCCAAAUUUCACAUAUCAGCCAACUUCAUGUUUUGCACACAUGCUCCCCUCUUCCCCUUGACUUACCAGCUUGUAACUGUCCAUCAGACCACAGUGACUUUCCAGUUGGGUGCAUCAAGUCAUCCCCUAAGACUUGGAGAAAGAUUCUUGAGAGAGUACAAGAUUUCCCCUUCUGAUUCUUACUUUGUGGAUGGGUAUGUGAUUGGUUACAAUGUGGGGGUAUCACAGCAGAGUAUAGAGUAACAUUAAUGACGUACACCGGACUGACUCAAAUAGAAGCACCAAGAACCUACUAAAAGGGAUUAAGCCAACAAACAAGGGUGCUGAGAUGACUUGUGUGGCCUUGAGAUAGGCAGAACUUGCACUGUAAACCAGGUGCUAGAUGUAAACUAGGAGUUUAUUGUUGGGGAUUUAAAUAAGUUUACUUAUAGAAUAUUAGAAAUUAAUUGUGUAGGUUUAAGUUUAAUUGUAACUUGCUUUCAGCUUAGCAUGAGAGGGCCCUGCUCAAAACUUAGCGUAGGUGAACUUUAAAUGAACUCUGUUAGCAUAAUGGCUAAGCAGGGGAGGAAACUGAGAAAGACUAUCUUCAGAUAAGGCCUGAGACCCUGGAGGGGCCCAAGACUGCCCCAAGCUGGAAGAUAAGAGCAGUUAAUGGCACAUGAACAUGGAGAAUCCAAUGAGGUGUUAGCAGACCCCAGACCAUAAAUCACUGUAGGACUAAGAGGCAUGUGCAGGGCACAUGACGAGUGCGUGAAAGUCGGGUGCACAGACUGUAAGGGUAUAAAGACCCAGGGAUUUCUUUGGUCAGGGUCCCUCUCAGGUGGCACCCAGCUCAAACUGAAAUAAACAGACUCUGCCUUAGAA